AUUUCAAAAUUCUUUUACAACCCUCUUGCAUAUGUUCUACAGAAAAAGAACAAGAUAAAAAUAUCAAAGAAAAAACAUUGUGAUAAUCACAAUAACUGCUACUAGCUAGAACAGUUUUUUCAGAUAUAACAUUGUGAACAAAUGUCAUCAACAGCUAGGGAUCACAGUAUGGUUCGACGAAUGACAAACCUUCCGCGAAGCAUAAUGAGCUUCGUGGGAAUAGGAAGAAGAAGAAGAAAUCAAAAUGCCAAUUUUCCAAUGCAACAACAACCUCUAGACUCUCCACAACCACAAGAUUUUUUAGCAACUUCAGAUGAGUGGACUUUUCUAAACACUUUUGAGCAACAAUAUGGCACCAAACAUCCCUUCUUUUAUGCUUGUCGUUUCAACGAAGCUAUGAAGUUAGCCAAACAAGAUCAAAAGUUUGCGUUCGUGUAUCUUCAUUCACCGGAUCACCCUUUUGCAAACGUUUUCUGCAAGGAAACUCUGUGUUCGGAGCUAGUGAUUCAGUUUCUUGAUGUGAAUUUUGUUUGUUGGGGUGGAGUUGCUGAUAGAGGAGAGGGUUUGAAAAUGGCUUCAACAUUGAGACCUACUAGCUUUCCUUGUUGUGCUGUCAUAAGCACUGGUCCUAGUGAUAGCAUAAUGGUGCUGCAACAGGUAGAGGGACCGGUUUCACCAGCCGAGCUAGUGGAGAUUCUACAAACAACAUUGGAAGAACAAGGGGUGGCUUUUGGAAGUGCUAAAGCUAAGCGAGACGAUAAGAUUCGAGCAGAUCGUAGGCUGAGAGAAGAACAAGAUGCUGCAUAUUUUGAGGCUUUGAAAAUUGAUAAGGAAAAAGAAAAGCUCAGAAGCUUACCCUCAAAAGAGAAAGUUCAGAUUCAGAAGUCAGCGGAAACUCAGAAUAUCAUAAGUAAUGGAAAGUUAAAGAUCAAUUCUAGUGAGAAAAAAGACAAAGGAAUCGCGGUUAGGGGGAAAGAGACUCAAGUUGCUGAGAUACUGAUAAGGUUUCCAAAUGGGGAAAGAAGAGAACAUACAUUCCUAUGCAGUGACAAAAUUCAGUCCAUUUUCUCAUAUAUUGAUUCAUUAGGUUUGUCUGGACUUGGGAACUAUAGAUUAGUAUCAAAUUUUCCUAAAAGAGUUUAUGGUGUUGAUCAAAUGAGAGUGACUCUCAAAGAUGCUGGUUUGUAUCCUAAAGCUAGUUUGUUUUUGGAGCCUUUGUGAACAAGAGUCUCACAACCAUGUUAACAUGCACAAUCCUUUGAGGGUAUUUGAGGUUGUGCAAGUACAGCAUAGUUUAACUUUGGUUAAAUAAAGAUUCAUAAUAGAUAUGUCAAAGUUAAACUAUGAUUAAAUAGAAUUCACUUUUAUUCUACCAUAAUUGAAAAUUUGAAAUGUGGCUAACAUGUAUAUGUUCUUCAAAAAGUUAAAACUUGAAACGUGUAGUAUCAAAUAUUUGGAUUGCGGUAAAUCAAAAUGAAUGAAAAAAAUAAUGUAAAGAUUUAAGGUAGUAGGCUUGAAAUUGUCUCUUCACAACAAAUGUUACAUGCAUUUGAUUAUAUUACUUUUGAUUUAAUUGUAGUUUUGAAUUUUGAUAAUAGUUUGUGGAAUUGGUCUGCAUUUUCAAAAUCAGUUUUUCUGAAUCUAUCACCCAUAAUUUUGGACCAAAAGUGGCAACAUUUACGAGCAUAUCAUAAAGAAUUUCA